GGGGUUGAGGCCUGAUUGCAUGAAUAAAAGGGUAGAUAGCGUGAUGUAAGUGUUGAUAGUUUGCCUUUGUCUGCCUGAGCUUACUUGAAUUACUUUUGACGAUCUAUUGCCCGUUAUGCGUACCAGGCUGCUGUUAGCAUCAUGGCGGGAGAAAGCGGUCUCGCCAAGAUCCUGCUUUGGAGAAAUUUGUGCCUCAUGAAGGUGCUGCUGCACGAAGUGCUGCAAGAGUCAAUGCCCCCAUAUCUUCAUGCCCUGCUGUUCCAAGGAAGAAACUUGUCUAGCUUUCUACGUGACUUUCAGGAUUUUUGUCUUACGAAGAUGUGGGACAAGAAGGCGAUGUGGUACAUGUUCCCCUUGUUCGUUUGUGAAGAACUAAGUGAGGAGGUGUACACCCUCAUAUUGAAGUCGCAAACCUGGGAUGAGCUAGAAGCUUCUCUGAAGUUGAGAUUCCCAGAGGAUGAGGUGGAAUGCAGGCUUGGUGAGGGCCCUGAGCAGCCAGCCGAGGCCGCGUCAACGCAAGGAGAGCUGAAUGGUAUACAGAGGCAAGUUGGGAUGUUGGAAGAGAGGUUGACACGGUUGGAAGAAGCCAGGCGUGGCGAGAGGAAGACCUUCGAAGGAGCAUCUAAUGGAACGGCUGAGCAGGGUGAGGCGAAGGUAAGGGAAGAUCAUCAGGAGUUACUCCUCCGCAAGAAGAUCCCGAGGGGGCAAGUUUGCGCCCUAGAAAGAGAUGAAGGUGAGGGGGUCAUUGAGAUCAAGGACGAGCGAGAAUCUAGUAUGGUCCUACCCGUUAUUGCGCUGAAGCCGAAGGGAGGGCCCAUUGACAGAGAGGCACCCUCGGCUGCGGGUCGGGAGAGGCGAAGGACUGGGAAGGACGGCAAGGCGGCGGAACUGGGGCGUAAAGAGCCGGCGGGUCCAGGUGCAAGUCCGGAAGACUCCGCGCCAAGCCCAGUAGGUGGAACGGCGAAGGGCACCGUGGGCGGGCUGAUGACACCCGCGCCGGUAGACCCUUCAAUUGGCCGCCCACGGUGCCCUCCGCCGUUCCACCGACUGGGCCUGGCGCGGAGUCCGAGGCUCAUUUCCGAGCCAGAAAGGCGUGCAAGGCUUGUCUCCGAGCCAAAGAGAGCAGGAACACAGCUAGGAACAGCUUCGAGACUGCCACCGGUAGCCUUCCCGCCAUCUGAAGUGGUUGUUCCGCCUGGUCCAUUUGGCGAUGCUGGAGCUGCUCCCGUUGCGCCAUCUUUUCCCGCCCUUGUGCCCACUCAGCAGCAGAAGUUCUCCAUAUCCGUCGCUGUGGUUCCGCACGUGGAGAAAGGCUCCGCCGCUGUCUCUUCUCCGGCCGUGAGGGACGAUUGGGAGGAAGCCAUCACGGAACCAAUCGGGGUAUUUCCUCCGACGGAGGCAAAACAAGCGGCGACUCAUCCCCAACCAAACUUUGAGCGCAGGGUGGUUUCAUCCGAAGCUGUGCUUUCCCGCGCGGUCGCACGAGGGGAGUUGAUGACCGAGUUGGAAUCGACAUCAGUGUCCGUUGACCAGAUUUGACCGGCGUUCCUGUUUCGUUUGACAGCUUGGGAAAG